AUGUCGACGAGUUAUAGUCCUUCGAGAAGCCCAGCGAGCUCGAGAUUUCUGUUGGGUGGUGUUGGUGCAGCAUCGAGGCUGAGAUCUUCGUCGCUCAAGAAGCAGCCGGAGCCUCUCCGCCGUGCUGUCGCCGACUGCCUGUCAUCUUCGACCACAUCCCAACAUUCAACCUCCUCGGCUCUUGCCUCAGAACCUUCGCGGACUCUCCGGGUUCGAAUUCACUGCAUCCUCGUGCUCAAUUUUGUGUUUUGGUUUUCAGAUCUUGUAGCUGUAGAGGCAAUGCAGAACGAGCAAUUUCUUUUGGACGACGCUAUUAAGAGGAAGGGGUUCUUUUGCCAAGCACAUAUGAAUAUUUUGUUAUAA